AUGAAGAUAUUUGUGAAACAUUUUGCCGGCUGCCUUGCACAGCUCUACUUCUACGUGGCGUUCUGCACGGCCGAGGUUUACCUGCUGGCAGCCAUGGCCUACGACCGCUACGUGGCCGUCUCCAAGCCCCUUCUCUACGAGCUCAUCGUGUCCCCCGUGCUCUGCACGAGGCUGGUGGCCGGUUGUUUCCUUGUGGGGCUGCUGAGCGCGGCCGCCCACACUGGCGCGGCACUCCGGCUGUCUUUCUGCGGCCCACUGCUCAUCGACCACUUCUACUGCGACGGGCCACCGCUCUUCCUCGUCGCCUCCACGGACACGCGCCUCAACGAGGCUCUGGUGUUUGUCCUGGCGGGGUUCAACAUCGUUGCCACCAACCUGCUCAUCCUCGGCUCCUACGCCUGCGCCGCGGUGGCCGUGGGCAGGAUGGGCCCCGGCGCGGGCCGGCGCAAGGCCUGCUCCACCUGCGCCGCCCACCUGGCAGCCCUCGGCAUCUUCUACGUGUCUCUCGCCUUUAACUACAUGCAGCCCAGCUCGGCCCACUCGCUGAGCAGCAAGAAAGUGGCAUCUGUCUUCUCCACCAUCGUAGUGCCCUUGGUGAACCCUGUGCUUUACAGCCUGAGGAACCAGGAGGUGAACAACGCCCUCAGCAGCUUCAUCAGGAGGACAAUGUACUGAUGAAAGGCUACCUUCUAUUGUU